AUGAAUUUCAUUAACACCCCAAAUGCAUCUCAAUCUUUACAAGUCUAUGUUGUGACCAGAUAUAAAUUUAUUUGGAAAAAUGAUACUGUCAACUGUGAGGAAAUAGUGUCGUUAACAGAUGAAGCAGAAAUCCGCUUAAUCUAUAACGAUGAUGAUGUCCAAAAAAAUGUAUUAAGUCUGGAAAGUCGCGGCUCUACAGCUGGAGAAGUUAGAGCGUCACUAUGGUAUGGAGCCUUCAUUGCUUUAUUAUAUAAAGGCUUCACAUUUACUGCCGGUCAAUGCGCGAAUAAGUGGAAGAAUAUCAAGCAGAAUCAUAAUAAAGCCCCUAAAUUUCAAUACAAAUUAGAAGUUGAAAAUAUUCUUGACAAAAAAAAAUUGGAAGUUUGGAAGUUCGAUGGAAGGGAAGUACGGAGCAUUUUUGAUGCUAGGUCCGAUUCAAAUGUAAAUAACAUAAAUUGUGGCAAUUUAGCAGGUACUAAAUAG